AUGAUCGAACAAGAAUUCCACGCUAUUGUAUUGGGGAUAUACAAUCACCCCCUGUGGGCGCGAUGGUGGAGCACACAGGUGCCGGAGGUCCCUGAUAAAAGUGAGGACGUAUCUCUAAGGCGCGCAAUAAAUGCUCGACGCAUCAUCAGCGACGAUAUCACUUGUAUCACGCCAAGAACUCCGGAAUCGCUGGUACCUCCCAGAAUCUGGUGGCCUAGUGUUGCUUCUCCAGUGACCUACGUGCGUCUCGCGCAGAAAAGGCCUGAUAUGCUCGGAUCCUGUCUACGAGCUUGUAUUGUCGCUGAUUACGAAGAUGCGUGGGAUGAAAUUCUGAUUGGGUCACCUAAUGGCCCAAAUGAUUCCAAAAUUACUCGAAUUUCCGAAGUCGUCAGAUCGCAGAUCUACGCCGAGGCUAAAGGUUCAUCCAAUCCGCACUACCUCGACGACAUAAAUUCGCUUGGAACAGCUAGGGUGGAAAAGCUUGAAGCCGAUAUGUACUACUUGGAUGACAUGCGUACUGCGAGAUGGAUGUAUUCGCCACGCUCGACUGCCCAGAGAGUUGUAAUAAAAAUUAAGCCCUUCGCGUUGACAACGGGGGAGAGGGGCUCGGAUGGGAUUCCGAGAGAGCCGAGUAACCUGGGAUUAACAAUCUCUGGCAUGGAUGCAGUUGGCUUGGAUAAUAAGACAUGGGAGCAGGAAAGUUUCAUUGAGGUCGAAGAUAUGUACAACAUCCUUGAUGCCAGAGACCUUUCAACAUAG